ACGUCUAUGCAUUAUUAUGUCGAUACUAAAUUCUGGAAAGUUUUUAAUUGUUAUUUUUAUCAUUGAAGAAAUUUUUAGUUUCCGAUGUGAUAGAAGACCGUAUGGUUCUAUUACCCAGUCCUCUGCUCCAGAUGGAAGAUACAGGUUGGAGGUGGUGGGACUCGAUAAGACCUACAUACCUGAACAACUUUAUACAGUACAAAUAACGAGGACUGAUGAAGACUCCUUGUUCACGAUGUUCACAAUAUCUGCGGAGGGCGACACGACACCGGACCCACGUAACCCUCGUCGUCUGAUAUUGCUGGACGCGGGGCAAGUCAGCCCCAUGGACCAGACCACCGCAAGAUAUACCGUGAGGUGCCCCAACUCUGUAGAGCAGACUAUCUCUUCGCCAAAGGAUACCGUUGCGGUUUAUUGGCAAGCUCCUAUGUCGGGAAAUGGUUGCGUGACACUCCGCGCGAUGGUGGCUGAGAACGAAGCGGUGUGGUUCGAGGACGGAGCACCCUUGACCCUUCGCCUGUGUGAGGACCUCAGCCAACCUGAUGAUAUUGCUCCUGUAAUCAACAACGAAUGCAGUGUCUGUGAGGAGGCUAAAUAUGAGAUAUCUUUCACGGGCAUCUGGUCACGCAACACCCACCCGACGUUGUACCCCGAGAACGAUUGGGUGCCUCGGUUCAGCGAGCUGGUCGGCGCUUCACACUCUACGGAAUACAACCUGUGGAUGCCAGGGUCCCUUGCUUCGGAAGGGCUCAAGGUCUUAGCGGAGUAUGCUAAUUCAAGUGCGUUGGAGAUCGAAAUAAGGGAGAAGAUUGGUGAUGGAGUCAGAACAAUGAUAAAAGGCAAAGGGCACGGGUACCUACGGAUGAGUACUCCUUCGUACUCAUCAUUCCGAGCUGAUAAAGUGAACCAUCUCAUAACAGUUGCCGUAGCUCUCUCGCCAUCUCCAGACUGGUUCCUUGGAGUGUCCAGAUUUGAGUUGUGUUCUGAAGAAAAUACGUGGUUGGAAGAAAGGGAGCUCAACUUGUAUCCUUGGGACGCCGGCACUGACAGUGGCAUCUCUUACGAGUCCGUCAACAUCCCAACCUACCCCCAGGACAACAUCAACCGCGUGGCUAUGAGUUCCCCAGACAAAAACUCACCAUUCUUCGAAACCGAUAUGAAGGACUUGCAUCCCUUUGGAAAACUGAACUUAAAAUUGGUACGCACGUAUCAAAGGGAGUGUGAAGAUACUACAGACGCAGGAGAAACCCCAGCACCUGAUGGAGGCGGCUCAGACGGGGCUGAAGAUGGGAACGAACCAGAAGAGCCUUCCAGGUAUCAAACCCAACACACUACCGGCGACCGCGGGGGCGAAGCUCCAGUAGUAAGAGACCCGGAGACCUCAGAAGACUGCCCUAUGACGCAGUGGGCGGAGUGGAGCAUCUGCGAAGGUCCCUGCAAAGAUGGCCGCGUGGACGGGUACAAGUGGCGUGAGCGCUACCACAUGAUCAACGGGAAGGCAGUUGAGAAAUACGACCCUAAUAACCCUGAUGCUGAAGGCACAGAAGACACAGUGCCUGAAUACUGCAAGAACAACUAUGAAGAAUUUGAUGGAGAGUCUUGUGAAGAAGAUUGUGAGGAAACUGUUACAGUGGAACGCAGAGUUAUGACACCAAUCGCUCCUGGACACGGGUGGACUUCUAAGAGACGGGAUCUGCCAAAAGUCAAGAACUAAGACAAGAAUAAAGCGUUACAUCAACGCAUAAAUAAGUUAUA